UUGUGGUUGUAUAUUAAAGAAACGAAUAACAAUAAUUAAUGUAUGCAAUUAAAAUAUCACGAUUUUGGAAUCCUAGUUGCCUACAAAAAGAAAAGAGAACCAAAAACAAAAAAAUCUCUCCUUUUAUGUCAUCAGAUAACAGCACUUCAAAGAAACACAAUUGUGAGUAACAACAUUGACACCACCCGGUGCUGGAGACAUGGCUGUCUUGUACAAUGAAUGCCUUAAAAACCACGCGGUUAGUCUCGGCGGUCACGCUCUUGACGGCUGCGGUGAAUUCAUACGUAAAUCAACCACCAUCCUCACAGACACUCCGUCCCUUAGGUGCGAUGCAUGUGGCUGCCACCGCAACUUCCACCGUCGUAGUCCUUCUGACGUCUUCAGUCACUGCUGGUCACCACCGCUGCAGCCACUCGCCUCCACUCCGCACUUGCUUCUCUCUCUCAGCUCCGGUUUCUCUGGACCCUCGAAUCAAGAAGACAAGAACAAAUUCACGGUGGCAAAGGAAGAUAGGUCGGCGAUGAUGAUGAAGAAGCGUAAGAGGACGAAAUUAACGGCAGAUCAAAAGGAGAAGAUGAGAGGUUUUGCAGAGAGAGCGGGGUGGAAGAUCAACGGCUCGGAUGAGAAGUGGGUGAAAGAGUUUUGUAGCGAAGUUGGAAUAGAGAGACAAGUUCUUAAGGUUUGGAUCCACAACAAUAAGUACUUUCCCAACGUGAAGAACAGAGACACUACUUCCUCUAUGUCUUUGAAGUUGUUGUAGAUAUCUCUUUACGUUGAUGGGUCUUUCGUCUUGGGUAAAAAUUCAAAAAGAGGUUAUUUUGGUAGUCUCUGAUCUGACCGGAAUGUCAAUG